GACUUCCUCCAUGUUAUAAAAAUACCUCAUCUAUACUUGUAUUCAGGACUCCUUCCAUUAAAAACCAACUCCCUUUUAAGACUUCCCGUGGUUCCACUGGUCCAAAAACGUUUAUUCCGAAAGAACCACUAUCACCAUUACUUAAUUUGAGAACGUACAGGACUACCGGUGGUUAUAAUAAGCAAACGCCUCGUGUUCGGGACUUUGGAUCCGCCGUUUCAGCACCACUUUUAGAGGACCACACUAAGAAAGACUA